GUUUGAACAUCCUCGACCCGAAACUAGUUCACUCUCCUUUGUCAUCUAACAUCCUCUCACCGCUCCGGGGCUUUUGAUUCCGCUCGUCACGUCCCUUCGACGCGUUUGAGAGAAUUCGCCUGGCAGAUCUCUCCUCGAGUGAACGACAGGCACAAUGGAUCGUAGUCUCGACGAGACUAUUGCCGAACGGCAGAAGUCCUCAUAUCGUGGCCGUAGAGGUCCUCCACCGUCACGUCGAAGAGACUACAACAGUAGCAGGGACAAUUACCCUCGCGAUGGUGUCAGAAAGGUCCGAAUAUCCCGCCCUCAUCCUCCUUGACCUCCGCCUGUUACCUCGGAUUGCUUGAAUGCCGGUCCAUCUCAAGUCCUCGUCCGAUUUGUUGCUUCGACAUUCGACCCGAACCAGGCCAGCCUUGUUCCUCCGAACCCCAGCUAACAUCGUAUCCCCUAAUAACAGCCUGCAAGAGACGAACGAACAAAUCUAGACAAUGAUUGGGUUCACGACCGAUAUGAUGACGACCCUGAUUCCGACCGUCGUGCGCCGGACCGAUUCCGAGAACGAAGAGACCGCCGACGCGAUGACCACCCCCCCGAAUCUGACAGGUGACGUCUCCAAUGAGCAACACCAGUUCUGUCGACUAAUUCCUUGUAGAGAAGUACCUCCGGCUAAAAUCCGAGUCGAAAACUUACAUUACGACCUCACACAAGAUGACAUCUAUGACUUGUUCACCAGAAUUGCCCCCGUUGAGAGUGCCAAACUCCAUUACGACCGUGCCGGACGCUCUGAUGGCGUAGCAUUCGUCACUUAUGCCAAUGUUGCCGAUGCUCGGAGCGCCAUUCGCGAGUUUGACGGCGCAAACGCCAAGGGACAACCGAUUCGUCUUACACUCUUGCCAUUGCCACGUCGCGACAACCCCUUCGAUCGAGUGGAAAACCCGAGAACUCUCUUCGAUCGAAUUGAAGCGCCAAGCCGACCAACGAGGAGGAGAAGCCAGAGUCCAAUGGAGGAAGUUGACGAGGACCGAUCUGCUAGACGGGGCCCACGACGAGGCGGAGCCACAGACCGAAGAACUGACACAACGCGAUUGCCGCCGGACAACAUUGAUCGCUAUGUCCCCGGCCAGCGUGGAGGUGGUCGUGACUCAAGUCGACGAGGUGGACGCCGACCUGGAGAAAGACGAGAGCGUCGUGACGGCGAGGGCCAUAAAGUCGUCAACGGCAGACCACGGAAAACGGCCGAGGAACUCGAUGCCGAAAUGGAUGAUUAUUGGGGAGGUGCUGCGCCUGGUGGAGCUCAGAAUGGAACAGACGCACCAGCUGCUCCGACUGCUGCUCCGCCAGCGGCAGAUGAUAUCGAUAUGAUUGAGUGAGCGAUCAUCAGUCACCGGCUGCAUCGAGGGCCAUCGAUGCAUGCAUACAAUGAGUUGAAGAGUAGGCAGGCUCGGAAAAUGACUGUAACCAAAAAUCUUCAUGACACGUCAAGGUUGGCCAACUCCGCCCAUCACAGAAAAGAAUGUGCAUCCAUCUCGAUGAGCUCUAGAACACAGCGAAUUUGGUUCAAGUCGACCCCGCAAGACGAGUUUGGACUUGUUAUGUCAUGUCAAUGAUUGUCUGUCUCGUUGGUGUCUUGUUUUGGUUAGAGCAUUUAAAAUCUAGGCAUCACAAAGUCCUCCACAGCUUUCAAUCCUUGGUCCGCUGCACUGGCCUUGAGACUUCUAGGGAACAUAAUAUAGCCAUGAGGAGCGCCAGGAAUAAUCUUAACCACUGCCUCUCCACCAGCGGCCAACCAUUUCGUACUCAUGAAGAGCGUAUCAUCUAAUAAGCAAUCCUCC